AUGCAACUACUAUUGUUAAUAUUACUUGUUGCUAUUGGGCUCCCAUUGCUUACGAGUAGAAAGAAGAAACCGAGAAAGAGAAGUUGUCUUGAAAAUGUCACGCCUGUUGAUGUCGACUUUGAUUGGAAGACACAAGAGCCACUCAAAGUCCGACCCUUUGUCAACAAGAAGUCCUUCAACCCUUCUAUGAACUUGACCGAUUUCACUGCCAAUGAUUGGAUACUUAUAGAAAAGACUUAUCUGCAAAACGUCCAACUCCGUAGGGAAAUCACCAUCAAACAUUCCGACCAUACUGUGUUUCUUAACCCCGACAAACGGUUUGUUGCAGCCUUCCACGAGUUCUAUUCACUUGUUAUUCACUAUUUGACCCACAGAUAUCCACAGUACUUUGUCCCAGAUAAGCAUAAUAAUGUCGUCAAAAAUUUGAUUACUGAAGACCAGAUCCCCUUGGACCCUAACAUCAUCACCAAAGACAGUGUAUUGGAACAAGACCACAACCGUGAAUUGCUUUUAUCACUAGCCAGAACAAUUGAAGAAGACUUUAUUCUCCUACACAAAGACGCACCAGACGAAGAGUAUAUAAUGAGAUGUAAUGUCUCCGGGUUCCCUGCUGGAUUUGAUCCCAAGAAUAACUUUGAUAAGCCUAUCUCGUUCAUCCACACCCCCGUACCUCAAUACCAGAAGCGACUUAAAGUGUCUAUGUCCAAGUACUUUGAUAGGCUAACAACAGAUGAAGCGCACGUCCGUCAUAACUGGUCCAUACAAACGAAUGCGAGUAAGUUUACGCUCCAUUCUCAUCAUGGGCGGGAAGGUGAAACCCCUCCACCGCCUUUGAAAAUGGAAGACAUUGAUUUUGAGAAGGGUUGUUUCCUUAGAUGUGAAAGGCAGUGUUUCACCCGGUUGCCAGUGCUGGGAGCCAAUCUCAUGACCAUUCGCACAUACGUUACGCCGUUAUCGGAGAUAAAACAUCUAGAGGACGAUCACGUGACCAGAGAAUUGAUCAGAGGUAUCGAUUCAUUACCUGAAGACUUAGCCUUCUACAAGAAAAGAGGCGCCUGGGGGGAGGCAGUGAAGGAGUACUUAAGAUCGUAA